AGAACUGAGGAUUCCGUUUGUGUUCUGUUUUGUGUUUGCUGAUCAUAAAAAGAAAGAAAAAAAGAGAAUAAGAAUGUCUGGUCCUCAGUGUUGCUCAAACCCACCAACCCUGAACCCAAAUGCUGGAGCUGGCCAUGUUGAACAGCUUGGUGGACUCAGCACCUAUGUUUCUGGCUCUCCUAACUCCAAGCUCGCCAUCCUUCUCAUCUCAGACGUUUUUGGAUAUGAGGCUCCAAAACUGAGGAAGCUUGCAGACAAGGUUGCAGCUGCUGGAUUUUUUGUGGUAGUUCCUGACUUCUUUAAUGGAGAUCCCUUUGUGCCAGAUGAUGCUAAUAGGCCUGUACAAGUUUGGUUGAAGGAUCAUGGAACGGAUAAGGGAUUUGAGGAGGCAAAGCCAGUAAUUGAAGCUGUAAAAAGUAAAGGUGUUUCUGCAGUUGGGGCUGCGGGCUUUUGCUGGGGAGGGAUGGUAUCAGUGAAAUUAGCAAGUUCUACUGACCUUCACGCUGCAGUCCUUUUGCAUCCUGGUUGGAUCACAGAAGAUCAAAUCAAUGAUGUGAAAGUUCCUAUUGCUAUAUUGGGAGCAGAGAAUGACGAUAUUUCCCCACCGGAACAACUGAAACAGUUUGGAGAGAAGUUGUCAGCAAAAUCUGAGUUCGAUAGCUUUGUGAAAAUAUUUCCUGGUGUGGCUCAUGGAUGGACGGUAAGGUACAAUGCUGAGGAUGAGUCAGCUGUAAAAAGUGCUGAAGAGGCUCAUUUGGACAUGUUAAAUUGGUUUACCAAGUAUGUUAAGUGAAAAUUGGUUUGUACACUGGUGCAGACACUAGGUAUUUUGCCGAUUUGAACUAGAUUUUUUGCUUUAUUUGAGUUUUGAAUAAGUUUGAUUUUUAUUUUGAUUGGGGUUUUUUUUAUGGGAUUGUAUUAAUGACAUGAUUCUAGCUUUCCUUGUU